GCCCGCCAGUUCGCUUGCCCUUCCCCUUCGCUCUCGUCGGCGCUGCUCCAAAGUUGAGGAGCCUCCCACCUCCGGCGGUAGCCAUGGCAGAUUUGGCCAAUCUGGAGAAGAUGGGCACAGAGCUCAAGUGCCCCAUCUGUUGGAGCCUCCUGAAUUCUGCGGUGUCGCUUUCCUGCAAUCACGUUUUCUGCAAUUCGUGCAUUGCGGAAUCCAUGAAAAAGUCGGCGUCGGAUUGCCCGGUCUGCAAAGUGCCAUUUCGUCGAAGAGAAGUUCGUGCUGCUCCUCAUAUGGACAACUUGGUAAGCAUUUUCAAAAGCAUGGAAGAUAUGGCUGGAACCAACAUCUUUUCAACACAAAUAGGACCUCAAAAUUCAGGCAAUCAGGAGGAGCAUAUUAUUUCUACAGAUACAAUGGGGGAAUGCCAAAAGAAAUCAAAGAGAAAGGAAUGCUCUCAAAUAGAAAAUGCCAAAGAAAAAACCAAAGCCGGACGUUCCCCUCAUUAUAAGCCAAAAACACCUUCUUUUCCUGCCAAGAAGCGAAUACAUGUGACCCCAUAUUCAGCCUCUGAGACUCCAUUGAGGCCUGAAAAGAUCCACAAACUAGAAGAUGCAAGAAUUGAGUUGACAGGUGACACAGAAUUGAAUGACAAUAAAAAACUGUUUGCUGAUGACACAGAAGAUCCAUCGCUUUCACCAUUUUUCUGGCUAAGAGGUAAUGAUGAUAUUGAUGAAAGUCCUCAAAAGCCCAGUGAUCAGCAGAUAAUGGAAACACCUUCACCUCAGAGUGCUCCUUGUUUUAGCGACAUGAAAGAUUCUGAUGAUGAGAAACCUACUUUACCCACUCCCACUAAUAAGUUGAAUGUUGCAGCAGAUUUUGAUAGUGAGAUGUUUGAGUGGAGUCAAAGAGCUUACUCUCCAGAGCUAUUUUCAACACCUCAAAGAACUCAGACUGUGGAGAGGCAUAGGCUUCUUAAGAUCCCAGAGAAAGAAUGCCAGGGAAAUAUUGAUGCUGUGGUUCACUAUGAAGAUGCUAAUGUUGGAACUGCUAGCAUCGGCAAAAAAAUUCUUCAUAAGAGAAGGCGUAAUAGUAACACACUUUUAAAGAGCAGAAAAUCAUUAAUCAAAGAAGACCAAGAUUUUCGAUCGCAUGAUGUCAAUGGAGAAGUUCCUUGUAAUUCUGAAGACUUAGUUGACAGAAGUUAUCCCAAACCAAAGAGGACAAGUGUAAAGGGAUGCCAGAAAUCAGCUACCCGUUACCAAACCAGUUGUUCAAUGAGUCUAAGGAGUCUUAAAAAACAAUUUAAUAAUGCUGCAAUUGAGGCUUCUGAGCAGUCUCCAGAUAUAUCUGUCAAGGCAAAAUAUUCAAGUGUGAUAAAAGGCAGUGGAGGUACAGCUAAAAGAUCGGACAGAAAGAUAAAAGGUACUGACUCUGAACUACAGAGAAAGCACUUGAAACGAUCUAAUAUUGAUGUGCAGGCUGAGGUACCUGAAGCAAUAGUAAGUUUGAUUGAUGAUGCUGAAAUUCAAGAUGCAAGUAAUAUAAAACUUCCAGAGUUGCCAGCAUCGACUCUUCAGCAAAGGAAGCCUGAGAAGCUUUCCAGUGAGAUACUAGACAAAAGUGGUAAACAUAUCCAUCAGAAGAAGCGUAUAGCAAAAAAUCAGGCAUCUGAGCUGAAGGUUACCAGUGCUGUUAAGGUGCCCGCUACUCCAAUGGGCACUGCUGCAUGUGAAAGCAAUAAAACUUCAAGUAAUGCCCUUAAGGAGUAUAAACUGAGUUUGGAUGUGAAAAACACAAGUAAGAACAGAAUCCAAAGUACUGAGAACAUUAUCAUGAGGAAAUGCCAAGAAAGUCAUUCUCCAAUUCGAUGUGCUUUCUGUCACUCUUCCACUUAUACAGAGGAUUCUGGAGAGAUGAUGCACUAUUUCAAUGGAAAGCCUGUAGCUGCAGAUUUUAAUGGGGGCAGGAAUGUAAUACAUUCUCAUAAGCAUUGCACUGAAUGGGCCCCUGAUGUUUACUUUGAAGAUGACAUGGCCAUCAAUCUUACAGCUGAGGUUUCCAGAAGUAGGAGGAUAAAGUGCAGUUGCUGUGGCACCAAUGGUGCAGCCCUGGGUUGCUAUGAGCGAAGUUGCCGAAAGAGCUUCCACUUCACUUGUGCUAAACUAAUGCAGGAAUGCAAAUGGGACACUCAAAAUUUUGUGAUGUUAUGUCCACUCCAUUCAUCAAUGGAGUUACCUAAUGAAGUGUCUGAGCCCCAAAGACAAAGCAGAAAGAAAUCUACUCCAAAAGGAUCAUCUCAGGCUUCAUCGAUAAAUACAUGUGAUCAUCCUAGUCAGAAGUGGAAAUGGCCUUCUGGGUCACCUUGCAAGUGGAUGAUCUGUUGCUCAGCACUUUCUGCCGCAGAGAAGGAAGCAGUUUCUAAAUUUGCAAAGGUGACUGGUGUUCCCAUAUCAAAUACUUGGAACCCAGAAAUCACACAUAUCAUUGCAUCAACGGAUCACAAUGGUGCCUAUAGGAGAACCCUCAAGAUUUUGAAGGGCAUCAUUGAUGGAAAAUGGAUACUAAAAGUUGAUUCAGGGAUUAACGCAUGCAUGGAUGCCAUGGAACCAAUAGACGAGGAGAAAUUUGAAGUCACUGUUGAUAUCCAUGGAAUCAGUGAUGGUCCUCGCUUAGGAAGACUGAGGGCUAUAAACAAGCAACCAAAGUUCUUCAACGGAUUUAAAUUUUACUUCAGUGGAGACUACACACCAUCUUACAAAGGAUAUCUGCAAGAUCUUGUGAUAGCAGCCGGAGGAUCUGUCUUACAGAGGAAACCCAUCUCAAGGGACAACAAGAGGCUGUUGGGUGAUGCUUCUACCUGGAGAACCUUAAUUGUUUUCAGCAUCGAGCACCCUGAGAAGCACAACUGCAACAGUGAUACUGUUAUCUAUCACAGGAGGUCUGAAGGUCAAGCUCUAGCUGAUGCCUCAGGAGGUACAUUGGCCGGCAGUACAUGGAUCAUUGACUCCAUUGCUGCCUGCAAGUUGCAACCUCUAACUUGAGAACAUCCAUUAGGAUGAUGCUUAUGCAAUUCAUGAAUGCAUCAAUAACCUUCAAGGAACUUCCAAAUAGAUUUGGUUUUGUUACAAGCUGGAGUUAGCUUUUGUUAAACAGCAGUAACCGUUAUAUCAUAUUUUGCUGGGUGUAUUAGUUUGGUGCUUCUUGA